GGCGCGUUACCGUGUGCGAGUCAGUGGUUUUUCGAUGAUGCCUUGGUGAUGACGGGACAUUAACGUUCGAACGGUUCCCAAAAAAAAAAGUGGAGAUAGGGAGUUAUUCUUCUAUUUCUAGAUCAAGAAAACACCCGCCGAUCAUGAAGCUCAUCGUGUGCAUUAUCUCAACACUGGUACUGCAAGCAUUGGCUAUAAUUCAUGUCCUGGACGUUAUAGGAGUCCAAUCUCCACCACGGAUAUCCAAACAACCCCCGACAGACGAGCAGUUAUUUCAAGUGGCUCAAGCAAACAUCAACGAGAAUGACAAACCAUUUUUAAUCGAAUGUGAAGCAGAGGGAGAACCUGCUCCGAGAUACCGAUGGAUCAAGAAUGGAAAGGACUUCGAGUGGCCAGCGUACGACGACCGUAUCUCUCAACAACCAGGUAGAGGUACGCUGGUGAUCUCGAGACCGCGGGACGAAGAUCUAGGCCAGUACCAGUGUUUCGCAGACAAUGAAUGGGGAACAGCGACAUCUAAUUCGGUCUUCGUCCGUAAAGCUGAACUGAACUCUUUCAAGGAUCAGAAUCCUAUAAGUCUGGACGCGAACGAGGGGCAACCGUUUAAGUUGACGUGCCAGCCGCCAGAUGGCUGGCCAAAACCAAAUGUCUAUUGGUUGAUCCAGGACACCGCCGGUGGCAUAAAAUCAAUCAACAAUUCGCGAAUGACGUUGGAUCCCGAGGGUAAUCUUUGGUUCAGCAACGUCACCAGAAACGACGCUUCCGACGAUUUCUACUACGCGUGCGCAGCGACAUCUGUAUUCAGAAACGAGUACAAAUUGGGUAACAGAGUCCUGCUGAACGUAAUCUCCUCGGGGAUGUCGUCGAGCCAGAACAAGCACGAGCCCGUCAAACAGUACGUCAGUAGGAAAAACGAGGUUGCCCUGCGUGGUAAAAAGAUCGAAUUGUAUUGCAUAUACGGCGGUACGCCGCUGCCGCAGAUAAUAUGGAGCAAAAACGGCGCAGUGAUCAGAACCAACGACAGAAUAACGCAAGGGAAUUAUGGUAAAUCGUUAAUAAUAAAGCAUGUCAAUUUCCAAGACGAGGGAUCGUAUACCUGCGAAGCGUCGAACGGAGUGGGAGACGCCAAGUCGUAUUCCAUAAACCUGCAAGUAAUGGCGGUACCAUUCUUCACCAUGGAGCCCGAAAUAAUAAAUGCAGCCGAGGACGAGACCAUCGAGUUUAAAUGCGCGGCCAGCGGAGUACCACUUCCGGAAAUAAAAUGGAUUCAUAAUGGAAAACCAAUAUAUGAGGCACCUCCAAAUCCUCGUAGGAAAGUAACGCCGAAUUCUAUCAUCAUCGAAAAUCUGACGAAGAAAGACACAGGGAAUUACGGCUGCAACGCUACCAACUCGUUAGGUUACGUGUACAAAGACGUUUACGUAAACGUUUUAGCUCUGGAGCCCGAAAUUACCCAACCGCCGCAAGAUAUAUCCACCGUGGACGGGAAACCGGUCAGGAUCACUUGUCGCGUGUUUGGGGCGCCAAAACCAGCCGUCAAAUGGGUCAGAAACGGUCAGGAAUUAACAGGGGGCCGAUACAAGACUUUGGAAUCCGGCGAUCUCGAAAUCGACAAUGUAAUAUUCCUGGAUGCUGGCACCUAUACAUGCCACGCGUCCAAUAAAUUCGGUGAAGUCGAGGCUACCGGUAAUCUGAUAGUAAAGGAGCACACGAGGAUCACGGAUGAACCGGAGGAUUACGAAGUCGCGGCAGGUUCUACAGCAACCUUUAGGUGUAACGCUGUCACGGAUUCGAGUUUGACGCUAACGAUCGACUGGUUGUGCAACGGCGAACCCAUCGAUUUCGAGAUGGAACCGCGAUUCAUACGGAGUACCGAUUACUCGUUAAUGAUCACAAAGACAACGGAGUUAGAUUCCGGCACUUACACGUGCGUUGCUCGCACCGAAUUGGACCAGACUAGAGCGCAAGCGACGUUAACCGUUCAAGACGUGCCGAAUUCACCGAAAUUACUUAACAUAGUUUGCAUGGCGUCCGAGGCUUCUGUACAUUGGACUCCCAUGGGCGAUAACAGGGCUCCAAUUUUAAGAUACACCAUCCAGCACAACACUACUUUCACGCCGGAUACUUGGGAGGUGUCCAAGGAUUCUGUACCAGCCACCGAGCAGACGUACGUUGUGCCAAUGACGCCUUGGGCUAACUACACCUUCCGUGUACUAGCGUGGAAUAAGAUCGGUCCGUCGUUACCCUCGCCGCACAGCGACGUGUGCACCACACUACCAGACGUCCCGUACAAGAAUCCUGAUAACGUGAUCGGUAAAGGAUCCAGUCCUCAAAAUCUCGUUAUCUCUUGGACAGUGAUGCCCCAAAUAGAACACAACGCGCCUAAGUUCAUGUACAGAGUGUAUUACAAACGGGAUAUACCAGGAGAGAAAUGGACCAUAGAGGACAUAAACGAUUGGAAGAAAAAUACUUUGGUCGUAGACAAUCAACCCACUUACCAGAGAUACAAGAUCAAAGUCGUGGCUAUAAACGAGAAGGGUGAAUGCAGAGUCGCGCCCACCGAAGUCGCUGGAUUUUCCGGAGAGGAUGUUCCAAUGCAAGCGCCGAGUAACUUUACGUUGAAACAAGUAAAGUCGAGCACUAGCGCGCAAUUUUCAUGGAAUCCAGUUCCCGAGGAAUCUGUACGCGGUGAAUUGCAAGGGUAUAAAAUACAAACGUGGACGGAGCGGGACGGUGAGAAAGGAAUGCGGGAGAUUGAUAUAAGGGGCGGUAACAGGACGCACGCGUUAGUGAACAAAUUUGUCCCGUUCAGCAAGAACUACGUUCGAAUACUAGCGUACAAUGGCCGCUAUGCCGGGCCACCUUCCGAAACCUUGAGCUUCGACACGCCAGAAGGUGUCCCGGGGACAGUUCUCAGCUUCGAGGCAUACCCUAUGGGCUCCAGCGCGUUGUUCUUAGUCUGGACGAAACCAGCGGAGCCAAACGGUAUUCUAACCGGGUACAGAAUUUACUACCAUGUUGUAAAUGGAACGAGACUGGGACCUCUGUUGGAACGGAAACCACACGUGUCGGACCCGGAAGCUACCAGCGCGAAGUUAGCGACAUUGGCGCCCGAUACAAAAUACCGUAUUCAUAUUCGAGCCACCACGAAAGUUGGCGAAGGAAACGACUACUUCAUUGAACAAAAAACGCGCACAUCCCAACACCCGGACGUGCCGCAUUUCACGUGGGAGACCAUACCAAAAGAGAACGGUUACUCGAACGUGAGGAUUAUUUGGCAGCUGAAUCUCAACGGGAACCCGGGCAGCCAUUUCUUUGUCAAGUACAAACUCAGGGGUGAGACGAUAUCCCGCGAAACGGAUCCGGAGUAUCACUCUAACACUAUCGAAAUCCGCGGUCUUCAAAGCGGCGAGGUGUACGUGAUGUCCAUAGUCGCGGUGGACGGGAUUUAUUUCAAAGAGAGCGAGCCGCAGGAAGUGGAGACGAGCAGCGAGGGACCCAUUAUACAACCUAAAGAGAACGUCGCGACCGCUGGAUGGUUUAUAGGAAUGAUGCUGGCGAUCGCCUUCCUUCUCCUGGUACUUAUAAUCGUCUGCGUCAUCAAACGCAACAGGGGCGGGAAAUACGCGGUCCACGAAAGAGAACUGGCCGCUGGACGCGGUGAUUAUCCGGAGGAGGGCGGUUUCCACGAAUAUUCCCAGCCCCUGGACACGAAAUCAGCGGGUGGCCGCGCGUCUUUGGCGUCGUCCUCACAUCAGGAUGGAAAGCAUCCUGAAUCCGACACCGAUUCGAUGGCGGAGUACGGGGAGGGCGAUACAGGACGUUUCACGGAGGACGGUUCUUUCAUUGGACAAUAUGGGCCCAAGGGUAGACCGGAGGAAACACCGCCCAUUCCAAGCGGCACUAUGGCCACAUACGUGUAACCUCUGCCAUUAUCACACUCAAGCCGCAUAAAAAUUGUUUUCUUGUCGAAAGUAAGGGCUCCAGUUCUUGCUAGCCGCAGCAGCUCUGCUAUGCACCUUGCGCUGGGCGCAAUGUCCAACACUAUACUGCCAAUUAGACUUUGGUUUUGGGUUUUAUAGUUUACGUAGAAAGAUUAGGUGAAUGUUUCUAUGCCGACUCGAUGCAAGGUAUAUACAAACGUAAUCCGAACGCUCAUUCCUCCAAAACGUUUCGUAUUAGUUUAUAGCACAACCGUUGUUCGAAUGUUCGGGCGAUUUUUUAAUAUUUGAAAGAAAGUCGAGUCGCGAAAUACCGUUUGUUGAUUGACCAGAAAUCAGUUACGAGUAACAAAGUUUGUUGUAGAUCUUUGACUAAUUAUAAAACCCAAAGACGAUAGGUGUCUCAUAGCGUGCAAGCUAUUUAUGGACAUAAUAUAGUAGAAAGUAUUCUAGCAUCGACCGAAACAUUUAACAAGGCCAGAUUGUAACAGACACUACCAGCUUAUCACAGGGUAUACGAGUUAUGUUUAUAUUGUUCUAAGUAUGUACGACAUAAAAGCGUGUGAUGCACUUUCGAGGCUGCAUAUAGGAUCGCGUCUUUCGAGAACGAAAAGAUAAUCAACGUCGAUAAUUCGAGUUACAAAAAGAAGUAGUUAGAUUGGUGUUACUUAUAUGCAAUCUUGAAAACCGAAGGACUGAUAUCGAGAACGGUGUCGCAAUCUGGCCUCGACUGAUUCUAAUUUUAACUUAAAAAAAAAUGAAAACGAUUGUUCUAAGGAACUUUAGAUGCAAUCAAUUUUUACUCUGCCGACAGAGGGCCAAAUAUAACGAAUCAGUGACUAUCUACAAUUAUCGUGCACUCGCACUUUCAUUAACGAUACACGAAACGACAAAAAUAUAUGAAAGAUAUUAUUAUUACUAUGAUAUUAAAAGGAACAUUGUACAUGCACUACAGUAGUUAAAGGAAAAAGGAAAUGUCACAUGGCCUCUAAUUGUUGCUUUUUGUAUGUGAAACGUGCUUUAGCUGAAAACGAAAGUCCUUUUAUUUUUAUGAAUGUUUACUUUCCCCUUUUUUUUUUGGUAAUUUUAUUAUAAUCCAUUGAAUAUAGGAUAUUGAUUAUUUAAUAUAUAAAAUAUUAAAUAUAUAGAGACAUAUAUUGAUUAUUAAUUAAUGCUUAGAGUCUUAAAAGAAUGCGAUCACAAGGAGCAGCUAUUAUUACGUUUUAGUAUAUAAAGUGUUAUGAAAUCAUAGAUAAUUCGUUGAUUUCUUCGAGAGUAAAUGUACGUUUUAUUUACCGUAUUAAGUUUAGCAUAUUCAAUGCAAUGUACAGGUUGUCUGCAAAAGUGUCGCAAGCAAAUAUGUCAGGUACAAAAAUAAGAAAAGGUACAAAGUAUAGAAUACUUAUAAUACACGCGCGCGUAAAGUUCGUAAAAAUGUAUAUGAUAUUUCCAAAAGGAUACGCACCUCUCAAGCUUAUCAAAAUGACAAACCGCAUAGUAAAUUAUUCUAUCCAAUUUCUUUCGAAAGCUCCGUUGGGUGCCAGCGUUGAAAAAAAAAGAAAAAGAAAUCGUUUCCUUUGGCGAAAACUUACACGUUUCGAGAAAUAUUUGUCAGGGUCUUUUUUGCCGAUUAUCCUGUACAAAUGGCUUGGACGUCACGUAAUUUUUACGAACUCUAUAUAUAUAUGUACACACAUACCUAUAUAGGCGCCUACAAAGAAAAAAAAGAAAAUGACGUAUUGUAAAUUAACGAAAACAAUAAUUUAUUGUAAAGAUACCGAAGUAUAUAAAAAGGGGGGGAAAAAAAGAAAAGAAGCGCAGAGACAUAUAUGUAAUAUAUUAGAGUGUCAUUUAUUGUAAACUUGUAUUAAAUUAUAUUUCCAAAGGGUAAGCAUCGACGUCCAAGUCAGUUUAUAAGCGUACGCAGUUAUGUUUCGAUGUAUUUUUCUAAUCGUACUAUCUUCUGUAUAUUUUCGAAGUGUCUAAAUCGCGUCCUCUAUGAUUCUCUAAUCCCCUUAGCUGGAUGAAACACGUGGCAACUUAUGUGAACUUCCAAUAACUUUCGUACGUGUAACUGGUGUUUUGAUACUUUUUAAUAUAUUUUGAUACAUUUUUUCUUUAUUAUUUGCAUUAAUUGUUAUAUACGUGAUAGACUUUCGUUUUGUAUUCGCGAUAGAAACCCGAGAAGCGUUUAAGCACGAAUCUCGUAUUUUGGAUCUGAUAUUUUUUCUUUCUUUUUUUUUUUUUUUUGCUCUUUUUUAUCGAUGUUUACGAACAAUUUAAUUUAUACCGUCGACGUAGCACACGUUUACAUAACAGUAUGAUGUACGACUUUUUACAAAGCAGCGUUCAUUUUACAACGACGGGGACGGCACAUGUCCAUACAUAUGUGAACAAAAAAAAAAAUAAUAACAUAUUAGAAGAGAACAAGAAACGAAAUAUACUCGUUCGAACAUGUGCGCGCCUAUCGUGCUAACCUUUUUCAUUGUACAUUAUCUUAUUACUAUUAAGAUACUAAUGUGUACCCCGACGGAAAGGUGCACAAAGAUCGACGAAAGGGGCGAGACGCGUUCUUGUACAUAUUUCCGGGCGGGUGUCGUCGUUUCAAUAUUUUUUCUACGAAGUAGAGACUGCAGAGUUUAGAGACCCGGUCGAAGGUUCUUUCAUCUCCUCGUGGCGCAACGCGUCGCGCAAGCAUUAUGUUACUAAUGUUAUGUAAAAAUUUAAUCGAUUCGCCUUAAGUUCCGACCGUUUAUCAGCGAUUACGAUAACGCGCAUUCCAUCGCCUGUGUAACAUCUCUCCCAUGUCAAUAAAAAGAUGAUGAAUAAAAUAAAUAAAAAUAU